GGGAUACGUUACGUAGGCAUUGUAAACAGGAAGUAUUUUUGAGUAGUGGUGUCUGGAAUUUACGGGAGCGCUGUAUUUACAUUUGCAAGGUAAAAAUAUUGCAAGAAAAUCAAAUGUUGAAUUUAGUUGUUAUCUGGACGAACAUAACAACGGCCAUGAUCACUUAAAUAGAAUAGUUAGCUUGCUAGAUACAUGCUAAACGUUAGCAUAUAGCUAGCUAGCAAACGUUAGCUAGCUAGCUACGGGUCCUGAUAAUAUCAUGUUCUGCUACGUGAGGGAAAACUUCCUACCUCUAUGAACUGUAAGAAAAAAAAGUGUGUGUGUGUCUGUCACUAUUAGUGUAUUGCUAGCUGCAGAGACGUGACUGUCAUCUGACUUGUUAUUCAAUUACAGAGUUGUCAUCAUCAUGGGCAAGAGUUGUAAAGUGGUGGUGUGUGGUCUGGCUGCCGUUGGCAAGACUGCUGUCCUGGAGCAACUGCUGUAUGCCAAUCAUAUUGCGGGUAAGCAAAUCAUUUGUAGGACCUAGCUAGAUCAAGGACAAUGUUGAUGUUUUGACUACACAGAUCCUCAGGUCUCAUUGAUAUCCCAAAGUGCCCCCCUCUUUUCCCCGCUAGGCUCAGAGCCCAUGGAGACCCUGGAGGACAUCUAUAUUGGCUCCAUAGAAACGGACCGUGGCACUCGAGAGCAAGUGCGCUUCUACGACACCCGGGGUCUUCGUGAUGGUCUGGAGUUCCCUCGCCACUACUACUCCUUUGCAGACGGUUUUGUCCUGGUCUACAGCAUCGACAGUAAGGAGUCCUUCAAACGCAUGGAGGCUCUCAAGAAAGACAUUGACCGCUACCGUGAUAAGAAAGAGGUAAGGACUUUCAUCUAUUUCAAUGGUUGUUGUAAAGCACAGUGUCGUGUAGGCUAGUUAAAUAACAGCACAGACUUCAGGACAAAACAGACCCGUGCUGACCAACGGCCGUCCUAUCGCCUCUGACUGCAGAACAUCAGCCACCUUUAUUUUUUGUUAAUUCCCUGAUGGUCCUACAUGUUGAAUCAUCACCGUACGUCAACAGCCAGCAGGUUAUGUACUGCGCGCGGCCGACAUUCUUUAUGGUGUGUCUUGUCCUAAAGUUCUUAUCUACCCACCACACUCCACUUGCUGACAUCCAGGUGAUGUGAGGCUGUGCUAAAUGGAUGAGAUGAUCUGUCCACAGGUGACCAUAGUGGUGCUGGGCAACAAGCUGGACAUGCAGGAGCAGAGGAGCGUGGACUCAGAGGUGGCCCAGCACUGGGCCAAGACAGAAAAGGUGCGUCUGUGGGAGGUGUCUGUGGCAGACCGGAGGACCCUCAUCGAGCCCUUCGUCCACCUGGCCAGCAAGAUGACCCAGCCCCAGAGCAAAUCAUCCUUCCCCCUCAGCCGCAAUAAGAACAAGGGGAGUGGCUCUGUCGAAAGCUGAGGGAGCAGGGGGGAUGGAAGGGGGGAGGGAGCGAGGAUUGAUGAAGAAUGAGAAAGAUUUUGGGAGAAAGGGAGGGAAAGAGUAGGAGAGGAGAAACGCAGUAGGCUGAUUAUUAGCCUAACACAAAUAUAGACAAUUUUAUGUCUGCACGAAUUUACACUGACUGAAUCAGAAACCAAUGGUUUCAUGGAGAUUUGGACUGAUAUUUAGACUGAUAUUUGACAACAAGUAAAUGUUGACAUCAAAAGCAACACAAAUGGAUAAUCAGGAGGGUUGUUUGUAUCAGGGAGGAUACAUUAGGGAUUAUAUUACUGUUAGUUAAUCAGGAGAUUUGUUACACUACUGGCAUGCCAUCUACUCAGAUGAAAUGCGGCAACUAUUUCAGCAUGGAUGAUCUGCGUUUUAUUUUAAGUUACAGUACAUGAAAUAAAUCCAUGUUUUGAAUAAUUAAAAAAACAUUCCUCUAUUAUUUUAGAGAUGUCAUAAAACAGGUUACUGCCUUUUGAGAUCACUUUGAGUUUUAAUAUGACAUUAUUGUCUAAAGAUUUUAAUUGUGGUAACAGACUAGCAGUCUUAUGUGAUGUAUCUUGGUGAGCAGGGUGUUUGAAGAGCUUCCAGCCUGCUGGACAGGCCCUGAUGUGGGGACUGAGAGAGAGGCCCUUGCCUGACUGUUAUAUCAAUGGAGCUCUUGACCACAGCCUAAGCAUGCUGAAUUAUCUGUACCUUAUCAGAAACUCCUUACUGUCCAUGAAAACCUCUGCAUCAGUUAAAGAUGGGGCAUCCUUGAUCUUUGUUACUGAGCUGUUAAACACUAUAUUGGUCAGACGAAAUGCGAAUGUAUUUCAUUUUAAAAUUAUUUAACUGAUCGAAGCCAUUUAAUGGCAUGUCAGGGUCAAUAGUUAUUGUGCAACAUUUCAUGUGUGUACCACUGAACAAGAACAAUGCCUUGGCCUAGUUUGGAUGUAGCUUUUUGCUUUGUGACUAUUCACAGAUCUUUACAUUUGUAUGAUGUUUUGACAUUGUGCAUCUGCGUCUUUAUGUCUGUAUUAUUGAAGUACAUAUUAUUUUCAUGAUACAGUUGAAGUCAGAAGUUUACCUACACUUAGGUUGGAGUCAUUAA